GGGUAGGCUGCACAUAUUCAAACCCUGCACACGCCGCCAUGCCUAAGCGGGGCUGUGCUCUAGAACGUGCUCUCUGACCCCAGUGGCAGUCCCUUCUCACUACACUGCGGUCGAGACUCCCCCUCUCCCAGAUCGAGGCUUGCUUCUGCUCUCUCUCCCUCCCUCGCUCCGUCUCUGUCUGUCUCGCCUACUCUAAAGCUAGCCCGGAGGUCCCUCAGGGUCGAAGGUUCUGCCCUGCCUGCUCCGAGUUCCACCCCUCGGCCACCGACAUCUGCAUUGCCUCUCGCAUGGACCAGCGUCUUUAAGUGAGAAGAGGGCGACCCCGACGCGUACCGGCCACUGAAAGUGCAGAUCCUGUCCUAGUAUAGCGGCGAGCAAAGAAGGAGGAAGAAGUUGUCGUUGUUUUCCUGUCGUCUUCAUUUUCCCACCUGAGUGGAGGUUCUUGGAGGAUGCCGGCCGUGCGUCUCGGUGCAGGGACCUGGUAAACUUUCUAAUGGUGUGCGUGUGAAGCAGGAUGGCCCACGGAAUGCCGGCACAGGGCAAAGUGACCAUUACCGUGGACGAGUACAGCUCCAACCCCACGCAGGCCUUCACCCACUACAACAUCAACCAGAGCCGCUUUCAGCCACCCCAUGUCCACAUGGUGGACCCGAUCCCUUAUGACACUCCCAAGCCAAGCGGCCACACGCGUUUUGUGUGUGUGUCCGACACACACUCGCGGACAGAUGGCAUCCAGAUGCCGUACGGCGACGUGCUGCUGCACACGGGCGACUUCACCGAGCUGGGCCUCCCGUCCGAGGUCAAGAAGUUUAACGACUGGCUAGGCGGACUCCCGUACGAGUACAAGGUGGUGAUCGCUGGGAACCACGAGCUGACCUUCGACAAAGACUUCAUGUCCGACCUGGUCAAGCAGGAUUACUAUCGCUUUCCGUCGGUGUCCAAGUUGAAACCCGAGGACUUUGACAAUGUUCAGUCCCUGCUCUCGAACUGUGUUUACCUGCAAGACUCUGACGUCACCAUCAAGGGCUUUCAAAUAUACGGGACGCCAUGGUGAG